AUGAGCCUGCCGCGCGGCGUCUGGGCGGAGGGCGCGCGGGAGCCGGCGGCGGGCGCGGAGUCCGGCGGCGGGUGCGGAUUCGGAGCGGGCUGGCUCGGGGUGUGCUGCGCCGGCCGCCUGCCCGCCGCCUCUCCGCGCUACCUGCUGCCCGCCGAGGAGGAGGAGGCGGCGGCGGAGGGCGGCGGAGGGAGCGGGGCGCGGGGCGCGUCGGCGGGCGGCGGGCGGCCGCGGGGCGGUGGUGCCGGGGGCGGCGGGCUGCGGUCGCAGGUGAGCGGCGUGCAGAAGCAGCGGCGGCUGGCGGCCAACGCGCGGGAGCGGCGGCGGAUGCACGGGCUGAACCACGCCUUCGACCAGCUGCGGAACGUCAUCCCCUCCUUCAACAACGACAAGAAGCUCUCCAAGUACGAGACGCUGCAGAUGGCGCAGAUCUACAUCAGCGCCCUGGCCGAGCUGCUCCACAGCCCCGCCGCCACCCCCGACGGCCCCGGCAAGGCCGACCACCGCGGGGCUCCCUUCGAGCCCCCCUGCGCCGCCGGGGCCGGGCCGCCGCCGGGGCCGCCGGCGCCGCCGCCGGGGCCGCCGAGGGCCUCCCCCCCCGGGCACGGCAGGACUCGCUUCCCCCCGCCGCCGCCGGCCGCGGGGGGUUACUCGGUGCCGCUCGACCCGCUGCACUUCCCCUCCUUUGCGGAGGGCGCCCUGAUGGGACAGAGAGCCCCUUCCCCCGCCCUCCUCAUGCCGCAGCCCGGGCCGCCGCCGCAGGAGAGGAGCAAAACGUCGCCCCGAUCCCACAGGAGCGACGGGGAGUUCUCGCCCCGCUCCCACUACAGCGACUCGGACGAGGCCAGCUAG